AUGGCAGAACAAGAACCACAUCCACCACCAAACGAUGUCUGCUCAAUCUGCCACGGAACCUUCCAGAUUCCCUGUCAAGCAAACUGCUCCCACUGGUUCUGCGCUAACUGUAUACUCCUUCUCUGGCGCCACACUUCCGGCAUUCAACCUUGCAAAUGUCCGCUCUGUCGUCGACCGAUCAACCUCUUGGUUCCGACUCAUCCCACCGACCACAUUAACAGCGAUGAUUCCAAUCGGAUUUUGUCCCAGAUUCAGAUUUAUAACCGGACUUUUGGUCGCCAGGAGGAUGCUCCCAUUGCUCAGAGGAUUCUUGAUCUUCCGUUUUUGUUGAGGAGGCUGUUUAGGGAUUUUGUUAACCCUAAUAAUUCGCUUCCGCUUGUUGUCAGAGCUCGGGUUUUCCUUUCGAUGAUUGUGAGUGUUAUAUACAUCUUCAGCCCCAUUGACAUCAUUCCAGAAGGAAUAUUGGGAGUGGUUGGUCUCUUGGAUGAUGUCCUAAUUGCACUAAUCUUCUUCCUAUAUGUUGCUACCCUCUAUAGAUCUGUUCUUUACCGCCGUCAUGGGGGUGGGGGUGCAUAA